AUUUAAAGGCACAGAAGUGGGCCGGAAGUUUGCUAGGUGAUGCGGGAUUAUAGCUUGCAAAUUUGGUUCUCUAAUUUAAAUGAGGACGAUGAAAGAAGGUUUAAUCUUGCCACUUCUAAUUCAGAUUUUGACAGUAGAGUUUAGUGAUGUGAGGGCAUCUCCACUAAGCUCUGACCCCUAUAUACCUUAUCCAUCCGGUCGGUCGCAGAUGAGUGAACCAUUUCAAAUCAAGCAGCCCUCGAAUCAAAUGAAAGAGUCACCUAGCAGACAGAUCACACGAGUCAAAACCGUAGCCGUGAUUUGUCACGAGAAUUACAUGGAGAUUGCGAUUAAGGCUGACCUCUUUGACGUUGGUCUACCUGUGGAUGCUUCAGAGCUGCGGCUUGGGGCUGACAGUCAGUUCAUUCCUUCUUGUAAAGUGAGCGCAUUCUCCACUGACGAGUACAUCAUAGCAGCUGAGCUCACCGACUGUGGCACUCAACACUGGAUUACAGAUGACUCCCUUAUAUACACCAACCUCCUUAUCUUCACUCCGCAACCCUCUCCAGAUGGAGUGGUUCGCCUUGAGCAGGCCAUAGUUCCCAUUGAAUGUUAUUAUAGCAGAAGGUUUGAUGUUACCAGUAACCCCAUCAGACCAACAUGGGUUCCUUAUAGUUCAACGCAAUCAGCAGUGGAGGAUUUGCAGUUUUCACUUAAGCUAAUGACAAAAUCCAGAAUGACAAACUACAACUACAACUGGAUGCAUUCAGAUUCAACCAAGAGACAAGGCCAGAGAUGUACAUCACUUGUACUCUUCAAGCUUACCCUGUAAUGGAUGCAGUUAACCCCUUUCAUAAAGCAUGCUCCUUUAUCGAUGGAAGCUGGAAGGCUGCAGAUGGAGGUGACUGGGUUUGUUACAGCUGCCAAACAACAAAAGAUUAUGCACAAUCCUUCCGUUUCUACACUGCAACAAUCUGAGCCACCUUCUCCCAGACAAGACCAGACCUCAUCUUCCCAAAGGGCCAACAAAUUUCAGCCCAGGAUUCAAGAGGGUUCUGGAAGUUCCUUCAAAUCCUUGCUAACAGCAAGUGAGCCUGUUCUGUCCUGGAGGAACAUAAUUCUCCCACAAGAGGAGGAUGAGGGAGUUGUUUCAGUGGAUCACGAGGGUGCUAUAACUCCUCAACCCUCAUUGGAAGUCACUGAGCAAGCUAAUAUCAUGGAAAUUAAAGCAGAAUCCAAGAAGCUGGAAGGGGAGGAUGAAUAUGACCGUGAAGAUGGUGAUGAUAAAGAAGACUAUGAUGGUGGAGAUGAAGACCAUGGACUAUGAAGAGGAAA